CCACUAACCACUACCACCACUACCACCACAAACUCCACCACACAACAUCCCCAUCCCUCCCAUCCCAUCCCAUCCAUCCCAAGAGAGAUGGGGAGGUGUAAAAAUAGAUUCAGGUCUCUUCUCUCCGAGAGGCCUCACUUGACAUGCGUCGUGGUCAAUAUAUCAAUAUAUAGACCACACCACCAUCUCCAAUCUUGACCAAACUUGGACCGUGUGUGUUAUUCUUCUCCAUCUCCAUCUCCAUCUCCUCCUCCUCCUCCACCUCCACCUCUCUCUCUCUCCGACUUUCAAACUAUUACUAUUCCUUACUCCUUCGUUUUAUAAUUGUCAUCUUCUUCCGACCCAAAGCCAAGCUGGACUUCGCUUUGAUCCCAUCAUUCAUUUCGACGCAUUACUACCAUCACUCCCCGGUUCGCCGACGACACAUUCCUACCAACCCCCGGUUCGCCGACGACGCAUUCCUAUCGCCGACUCUCGCACCACAGACUCCCGUCCCGAACUGGCUUUCCCGACCUUCACCCGAGUCACACCCCCCUCUUUUGCACCCCCCACACCCACUACGGACGACUGGCGCCCCACGUACCUCGCAAGCAUAACACCACCACCCUACGCUUAUACCCUUUAAUACCAGCCAUGUCUCUCACCUCGAGCUCCAUCUCCAUGACCAGAUCGAAUCCCACCACAAUGACCGUGGCACAACCAAGGCCCAAGCCGGCUUCCAAGGCCAGCAGCACCCACCAGAACAGGUCCAAGGCACAGAUGCACAGGAGAUCACGCACAGGAUGCUACACCUGCAGGUUACGGAGGAAGAAGUGCGACGAGGGCAGCCCGUGCUGCUCGGCGUGCAAGAACCUCGGUCUCGAGUGCAAUUACAAGCGGCCAAUGUGGUGGAGCAAUGGCGACUCGCGCCGCCACCAGAAGGACGCCAUCAAGAUGAUCAUCAAGCGCAAGAAGCUCUCCGAGAAGGCGUCGCAAAUCCUGCCGCCGGGCGCAGACACCCCGCCUGGACUCUCCCACUCUCUGCCCACCUCGGCGACGUACUCGGACUCGAUUGAUCGCACGCGCUCCGGCUCCGCCGACUCCACCUUCUCGCUCGACUUCAACUUUGACGUCGCGCCGGGCAUCGCCAGCUACGACGCUUACAAUGCGCAGGUGCACUCAUCGCAUGCGCAGUAUGCCCCUCUAUACUCCGAGUUCGCGCCGUACGAGGUCGGUGUCAAGACCGAGCGCGAGGUACUCAUGGAGGAUGGCCUGACGAGGCGAGAAUCGACCGUGUCGACCUUCAGCACUUUCCACACACCCCAAGAGUAUCACCCGUCGCAGGACGCCUCGCUGUCUUCCUACAAGGGAGAGGGUGAGUACCUGGACGACAUGUACUUUGAGCGCCGCGCGUCGAUGCCGGAGGAGCUCACCGCGAGCUUCUUCGACUCGCCGGAUGUCAUCUCGGCCCCGGGCCACCCGCUCCUGCCUGACCUCGAGCAGAGCGACGAGUCCCUGCUUGGCCACUUCAUCCAGAACGUGCUCCCAUCAAUCUUCCCCGUCCUCGAGGCGAAUGUGAGCGCGCCCACGCUCUCGGACCUGAUCUUGCCUGCGCUCGAGACCAACAAGAGCUACCUGCACUGCGCCCUCAACAUCUCGGCACAGCACUACAAGUCCACCGUGACCGCUCACGACAACAGCGAUGCGAUCGACGCGGACAUCAUGCGACACCGUCAGGCAGGCAUCCGCGAGCUGUGUGCGUCCAUCGGGCGCAACGAGCCGACCGAGCAGAUCCUCGAUACGACGCUGGGCAUGAUCUUCCUCCAAUGCGCCGUCGGUCGCGUCGACGAGGCUCUCCCAGACGUCUCGUGGCACCAGCACUUCCACGCGGCCAGCGACCUCGUCCACAAGCUCGAUCUGCCUGCGCAGGCCACCUCGAACACGGCGUCCGCCCCCUUCAACAUGACACUCAUGGCCUGGAUCGACAUCCUCGGCGCCGCCCUCGCCGGCCGCUCCCCAACCUUCGCAGACACCUACCGCGAGAAGAACUUCAGCUCCACCAGCCUGGGGCUGCGCGAGCUGACCGGCUGCGACGACCGCGUGAUGUUCCUCAUCUCCGAGAUCGCGUGCCUCGAGGGACUCAAGCACAGCGGCAUGGGCAUGGACGUCCUGUGCUCCUACAUCACCACCCUCGGCGAGCACAUCACCCACACCGAGAGCAGCGCCAUGAGCCUCAAGAACCCCUUCGAUCACAGCGGCGCCCUCGACGCAGACCAGCUCAGCAUCAACAUCACCGCCGCCUUCCGCAUCGCCGCGCGCAUCUACCUGUGCUCCCUCGUCCCGGGCUUCUCGCCCGCCCAGGAAAGCUGCGUCCGGCUCGUCGAUAACCUGACGCGCGUCCUGGCCUACAUCCCCGCCGGUGCGCACGGCUUCGACAAGAGCAUGGUCUGGGUGUACCUCAUGGGCGGCGCGGUGAGCACUGCCGGCUCCAGCUUCCGCGCUUUCUUCGACGCGCGCGUUGCGGAUCUGGGGGAUGCGGCGGGCUGUGGCAGCUUCGGCCGCGUGGCAUGCCUCCUGCGCGAGGUGUGGGCGCGCGCGGAUGCGCAGCCGGAGGGAGUCGUCUCCUGGAGAGAUGUCAUGCAGAGCAAAGGCUGGGACUUCUUGUUGAUCUAGAACAUCCAUUUUCCCUGUGGGAAAAAAACAGCCUGCCGACUCUGCGAGUAUUGUUUCUUUUUUCUUUUUCUAUUCUGUUUGGACGGCUGGAUUUGGGAGGGAUGGACAGGGUGAGGACUGGAAUGGAGGGAAUUAUCAGCAGCUCGGGCAGCGGACCUUUGCGGCCUUUGCCAUCAUCAUCACUAUACCGCUACUGUCUUCACAGUUUUUUUGGGGGGUUCUUUGGAUCUUUGGUAUGCAUAGCAGGCAGGCAUACCCUUACACGGCGCAAUAUGGGAGUUUUUAUUUUCGGAGGGGGUAGUCGAGCACAGCUCCUACGGGGGAUAUAUUGGGGAUAGAUAGGAUAGCAAUCAACCUCCCCUUUUGGGGGAGCGAAUAAAAUUAUAUAAACUAUAUGAAUGGG